UUUAUCCCAUCGCUGGUGCAGGUGCACAGGUCAGAGCACGCGGAAGUGACGUGCGCGCUCACGAGACUCGCAUUAAAGCAUCGGGAUUAGGUCUGUGGACAGUCAAGCGGAGAGCAGCCGAGUUAAACGGUGCGAAGAGAAGAGAAGAUACCUUGCGGUCGGCAUUAGAAGCACCUUAAGAAAAUGAGCGUCAACUUCUCUGGAGCUUUAAGUAAACAGCAGCAUUAGGAUCCCAGAGGAGGAAUAACUGUGCAGGCUCUGAUCCGAACCCGGAGUAAACCCAAAGCAGGAUCAGCACAGCUCAGGACACGCAUGCAGGGACAGGUGUGUCAUAAACCCCAACAGAAGUCAUCCGUAAAGCCUUGUCACUCAUUUCCCGUCGGGUGAGGAGGGCGUCUGCCCAUGCACACGCACAGCACCAUGGGAAGCUCCCCGGAGGUGCUGUCCUGGACAUCUUGUCCCAGCCUGCUGGUGGGGAAGCUGAAGGAAGAGCUCAAGCUCACAGUCGUCGGAGACUCGAUGAAGAAAACCAGCAACAACGUUUCUCCUCAGGCGCUGCCGCCACUGCCGCCUCCUCCGCCACAGAUCAUCACAGACCUCGCUCCGCCCACCACGCUUCCCAUGCCACUCCAGCAGCUGCAGCUCCCUUGUAGGGAUGACGAGCCGGGUGGCACCAGCCCGCCGUGCACCGCCCUCAGCGAGGACUCCACGCGGGAGCAGGGACACUUCGAAAACAGUGUGCUGCAGCUGCAGGAGCACGAGGAGGCCGAGUCGCCGGGAUCCUGCGGUCAGGGAGGCUGCGGAAGCGGCGGAGAGGAGAAGAACGAUGAGGGCGGUUGUCCGAUGGAGCAUGGCGGGGACGACACGCACCACCACCCACAUGAUGACAUCAAACUGCACUUUCAUAGAGCCGGGACUGGGAGCGGUGGAUUCUUGGAGGGGCUGUUUGGAUGUUUGAGACCCGUGUGGAAUAUCAUCGGGAAGACGUACUCGACUGAGUACAAACUUCAGCAGCAAGUAGAUAUGUGGGAGGUGCCAUUUGAGGAAAUAUCUGAGCUGCAGUGGCUUGGAAGCGGAGCUCAAGGCGCCGUGUUCCUCGGAAAGUUCCACUCCGAAGAGGUCGCCAUCAAGAAAGUCCGCGAGCAGAAGGAGACCGAUAUCAAACACCUCCGCAAGCUGAAGCACCCCAACAUCAUCAGCUUCAAGGGUGUGUGCACGCAGGCCCCAUGUUACUGCAUCAUCAUGGAGUAUUGUGCACAAGGGCAGCUGUACGAGGUUCUCAGGGCUGGUCGUAAGAUCACACCACGGCUGCUGGUUGACUGGGCUUCAGGGAUCGCCAGCGGCAUGAACUACCUGCACCUCCACAAGAUCAUCCACAGAGACCUCAAGUCACCAAAUGUGCUAGUCACUCAAAAUGACGGCGUGAAGAUUUCAGACUUUGGAACAUCUAAAGAGCUCAGUGACAAGAGUAUGAAGAUGUCCUUUGCGGGUACGGUAGCCUGGAUGGCCCCUGAAGUGAUCCGGAAUGAGCCGGUGUCGGAGAAAGUAGACAUCUGGUCGUUUGGUGUGGUGUUAUGGGAGCUGCUGACCGGUGAGAUCCCCUAUAAGGACGUGGACUCCUCUGCCAUUAUCUGGGGCGUCGGGAGUAACAGCCUCCAUCUGCCUGUGCCGUCCACCUGUCCCGACGGCUUCAAGAUCCUUAUGAAACAGACCUGGCAAGGUAAACCCAGAAACCGUCCGUCCUUCAGGCAGAUCCUUCUACAUCUAGAUAUCGCCUCUGCCGAUGUGCUUGGGACGCCACAGGAGACCUACUUCAAAUCUCAGGCGAAUUGGAGAGAAGAGGUGAAGAAGCAUUUCGAGAAGAUCAAGAGCGAAGGAACCUGCAUCCAUCGACUCGACGAGGAGCUCAUUCGACGCAGAAGAGACGAGCUGCGACAUGCUCUGGACAUCCGAGAGCAUUACGAGAGGAAACUGGAGCGUGCCAAUAAUCUGUACAUGGAGCUCAGCGCUAUCAUGCUACAGCUGGAGGUGCGGGAGAAAGAGCUGCUCAAGAGGGAGCAGGCUGUGGAGAAGAAGUACCCCGGCACGUACAAACGACACCUGGUGCGGCCCAUUGUGCGGCCCAAUGCUGUUGAGAAGCUCAUCAAGAAAAAGAGUGGCAUGAACCAUAAGCCUGGGACACAGCAGCCGAAGAGACCUGAUCUGCUGCGCUCCGAUGGCAUUCCCAGCGUCGAGCCUCUUCCUGCUCCGUCACCACUGUCAGGAAGCCCAAAAGUGUCCACCCCGCCUGGAAAAACCCGGUACCGCAGUAAACCUCGCCACCGGAGGGCGAACAGCAAGGGCAGCCACAAUGAUUUCCUGGGUGCGCUGAAGCCCAAUUCGGGUCCCUCAGAAGAACAGCAACCCUUACAGGAGCAAAGUUACCAUCCCCACCAUCAUCACCCUCCACCCGAGGGUCCCCUCAUCCCGCUGAAGAACCGUGAGAACGCCGUGGCCACGUGUGCCAACAACCUGCGCUACUUCGGCCCAGCUGCUGCCCUCCGCAGCCCGCAGACAGACCACCUUCAACGGAGGCUGUCCGGCUCCAGUCCUGAUCUCAUUUCCACCGCGGUGGACGCAGAUUCCCGCCACCGCAGGUCCUCCAUACCUCCAGCCGUCGGCUCCGGUCCCGGGCCACUUUGCCCCUGCUGCCAGGCGCAUCCGUUCCCCGGCUGCAUGCACUGCCAGGAGAUGCCGUCCGCUCCCAGCCACCCCCAACUCCCACAUUACUCGCUGCUGAGCACGUGUGAGGGAACGCCGCCCGCCGCCAAGAGGACGCUGGAGCCAACGGCAGAGGGUGAAGCUCAAGAAAAGGGAGAGCAGCUGGAGCAGAGAUCCCCGAGAGGAAGUUUACUGCACACGCUCAGACCUCUCAGAAAUGCGGGAGACGAGUCAUCUGAGGAAGAGGAGGGAGAGGUUGACAGUGAGGUGGAUUUUCCACGCAGACAACGUUUGUCUCCUUCCAGGCCUCAUCGCUGUAUGAGCAGCUUUCAGUCGUACUCCACCUUCAGUUCGGAGAACCUGUCGGUGUCUGACGGAGAGGAGGGCAACACCAGUGAUCACUCUCACAGCGGCCCACUGGAGCAGCUCAGCGCCAGUCAGGAGGAACAUCUGGACGAGCUCCUGUCCCACACACCUGAGAUCCCCAUCGACAUCUCCACGCAGUCCGACGGCCUGUCUGAUAAAGAGUGUGCCGUCCGCCGGGUCAAGACUCAGAUCUCUCUGGGCAAACUGUGUGCUGAUGAGCACAGCUAUGAGAAUCCGCUGCACUUCGGUGAAUCCGACUGCGAUACUUCGGAUGCGGAAUGUUCCGAUGCCACCAUCAGGAACAAGCAGCCCUGCGCACCCUCUUCCUGGUGAGCUCGCGACCCCACGCCAGAGCCUUCGGAGGAAACCACGGCAAUAAUCGACGCCUGCUGUAAACAGCCAUGACCCAUGUUAUCCAGCCCUUCCCAUAAUCCACCUCUCUCUCUCUGAGCAUCUCAGGCAGAUUCCUCUGAAGUGAUAAUGUAGCUAGAGUAACACGCAUAAUUUAUUUUAUUAUGAGCUGGAGGAAAUGCAAAACAAAAUCAGGAACUCGAAUACCAACAUCAACAAAAAAAAAAAAAAAUAGCAUAAAUUGAGAGUAUUAGUGCUGGAGUGUUCAAAACAAAACAAGGCAACUCAAUACCAGGUUAGUUAGUUAGUUAGCUAGGUUAAGAUGAUCGUGGUCUGCAAGAAUGUGUGUAUAUAUGUCCGUAGGUACGUGAAUGAAAGUGUUAAGUGUGUAGCUUGAGGAUCCAUUCCAUGAUGGGACGUCAAAAAUGAGACGUGACCCUCUGGCAACCUGCUACUUCCUGAGUUUACAGAAGUGACGCCCUUCAGGGUAACUUUAGUUUGAGCACCAGCAGGAACAAUGUCUUUUUUUUUGUUUGUUUCUUUUGCCCUUUUUGACUUCCAAGAUCUAUGGAUAAAUCCCAGCAUGCCUGCUUGGUCGGCAUUUGAUCAGCCAAUCAGAUUGCUGCUGCUGCUGCUGCUGCUGCUUGCCUCUACGGACAAAUAGGAAGUCAAAUAACAACCGCUCUACCAGAACAAUGACUUUAAUGAUCAAAUCAGUGUUUGAACGAACCCGGAGCAGCUUUUUUCUCAUCUCAGGACUGUGUUUGAAGAGACGCUGCGGACGGCCAGGUGAGAGCGGAAGUAUGACAUCAACCCUAAAGAGUUUGUUUUCUUCCGUCAUCUUUAACUUGACGUGAAAAACAGCUAUGUAGAUGUUCUGGAGAUGCAGUGUCCCUUUAGAUUGAGAGUCAUAAUUCAUGUCAUUCCAAACCUGUUUGACUCUUGUUCUUUCAUGCAGGACAUCAAAUGACCAAAAAAAGCAUCAUACACUCUUAAAAAUAAAGAUUCUUUAUCGGCAUUGAUGGUUCCAUUUGGAACCUUUCCAUUCCACUAAAGGUUCUUUAUAGUGGGGGAAAAAAAGGUUCUUUAGAUUUUCAAAACAUUCUUCACACUAAGAAAUAAAUAGUUAUUUUAAAGUGCCUCUAUUAUGCUAUUUUAAAGGUUCCUAAUUUAGUUUUGGAGUCUCCUACAACAGGUUUACAUGCUUUCAAGAUCAAAACACUAGAAUUUUCUUAUAAUGUUCAAUGCAGCAUCAGCUCUUUACUCACAGUGUCUGAAAUGGUUAGUUCGAAGAUUCGGUCUCUCUAAACCCGCUUUUCCGAGAGCGUCCUCUGCUCUGAUUGGUCAGAUGACCCAGUCUGUUGUGAUUGGUCUACUCUGUGCUGAUUGGUCAGAUUGGUCCAGUCUUUUGUGAUUGGUUUAGCUCUGGAUCUUCCUCUGCACAUGAUAUACAUUGAUACAAAUGUUGCAGUCAGUUUUUCCGUUACAAUUGACCCUUUGCUGGGAGUUUGAUUGACAAGCGAUCUAACCAAUCAUAACACCGAAUCCGCCAUUUUGUCCGACAAAGCACUCAGGAGUUUGAAGAUUAACCUCGGUGAACUUGAACUUGAAAAAUAGUGUGUACUGA